AUGAAUCCCCUAGGAGCCUUCAGCUUUCCCAAGGACCCGCCCGCGGACCCGUCGCCCACCUCGGUCUCCCAGCCUUUUCUGUCGCGGAGGAGGCCCAAGUCCCCCCGGGCCCCGCUCCCGCUCCAGCACCCUGACCAGAGAGAGCGCAAGCCCUCUGCAAGCUCGCAGUCCUCGCCUGGCCGCGCCAAUUCCGAGUCUUCUGCCUCGUUCAAGCCGCCUUUUCAGCUUCCCUGUCCAAUCCCGGUCUCUGCAGGUCCAGGUGCCCGCCCGAAGCACAUUCCGAUUGUUAUUCCCCGCUAUGUUCCAAUAGACCUUCCGGACAGCCCGCGCAAAUCCAUCGAAAGCCCGUCAGCGAAACCGACCACCACCUCCAUCCCUGACUUUCCCUUACCUGGCCGCAAAUCAUCUGUCGAUCCUGUCCCGCUGAAGCCGAGGCAUGUUGCCAUUGUGAUCCCAUCCUGGGCGCAGCCGGUUCAAACUUUACCCGAUUCACCUUUACAGACCCCAAGCGACUGUCCCUCUCUGUUCUCUCACAACUUGGCAAACAUCUCUCCACUCCGGAUUCCCUCCAAACCCUCUCCAGACGCUAGAGCAACGAUCACGAUGGAUCCAAACGCAUCUCAACCCUCCCCGUCCCACCAAUUCCCGGACCAGCCGCUCAGAACCAACUCCAGCGCCUUUCUGACCCGCAGCGUCAACAGCAGCAGCACCAGUCUGUCCAAGAUGGGUAGGGACGAAGACGCCGGCCCUUCCUCGGCCGCAAGAACGCCAGGUCUGACUCCCAUGAUGACUGCAGGCCUCGGCACUCCGUCUCAAUCGACAUCUGGUCUGUCCGGCCUGGUCUGCAACGUUCACAGGACGACCGGUCGUGAGCCUCACCCGCUCGUGGGCGCAACCACCACGAUUCUCGGAGACAAGCUCUACGUGUUUGGCGGCAGAAGGUUGUCCAGGACACGCCCGCAGCUUACGAACGACCUCUACGAGUUGGAUCUGGUUCGUCGGCACUGGACGAAGCUGCAGACUCAGGGCGACAUUCCUCCACCACGGUAUUUUCACAGCGUCUGCUCGCUCGGGGACACCAAGCUUGUCUGCUAUGGCGGCAUGUCCCCCGCAACUCUCCCGAACGGCCAGCCGGCAGCGCCGAACCAAGGCGGUGCGCAAGACAAUCAGCCCGAGGUCGUUGUCAUGUCCGACAUACAUAUUUACGACGUUCACACGCGGAUGUGGAUGAAGAUCGACACCUCGGAUUCCCCGCAGGGACGUUAUGCGCACUGCGCUGCCAUCCUGCCCUCCUCUGCGGUUUUCGCGUCGUCUAGCGCCACCCUUUCUGCCAUUCAUCACAACCCUGCCUCUGCCAGCCAGCCUAACGCUGGCUCGAUCGGCAUCGACCUGGACGGUACUGGCGGCGCGGAGAUGGUGGUCGUAGGUGGGCAGGACAGCGCGAACCACUACAUUGAACAGAUAAGCGUUUUCAAUUUGAGAAGUCUCAAGUGGAUCGCAACAAACACGCUAGGCCGGAGUUGUGGUGCGUACAGGAGUGUGGUCGCACCGCUUACGACAAUGCCUGCGUCAUCCAUCGGGGCCGGCGGAAGGAAGGGCGAGACUCCAGCGGAAGAGAAUCAGGACCCGGAGAACAAUGGCUCCACUAUGCUGAUUUACUCAAACUACAACUUCCUGGACGUCAAGCUGGAGCUUCAAAUUAGAUUACCGGACGGAACUUUGACAGAGAAGUCCAUGAACGGCACAUUCUCGCCGCCAGGCCUGCGAUUCCCCAACGGAGGCGUGAUUGCGAAUCACUUCGUUGUGAGCGGUACUUUCCUAACUUCAUCCAAGCAGGAGUACGCCCUUUGGGCGCUGGAUCUACGGAACCUUACAUGGAGUCGAAUCGAUGCCGGCGGUAGCAUUUUUAGCCAAGGAAGCUGGAACCGGGGCGUACUUUGGAGCAGGCGCAACACCUUUGUCAUACUCGGAAAUCGGAAGCGAAGCCUGGUGGAAGACUACAACCAUCGGAGGAUCAACUUUUCAAACAUUUGCAUGGUGGAGCUGGAGGCUUUUGGACUAUACGACAACCCUCGGAGGACCAUGCCAACAUCGGGAUAUCUGUCUGUAAGCUCUCCGGGCAUGAUGCAGAGAGCGUCGGAUUUGGCAAGCGGGGGGCGGUCACUCUCGCCGGCCGCAGAAGAGCUAGGAGCGAUGGCGUUAGGACUACGAGAGCUCGCCGAUAUGGAGCUUUUAGCUAUCGGAGGCGAGCGCAUUCCUGUCAACUCACACCUUGUGGCGAAAAGAUGGGGCCCUUACUUCAACCAGCUCUUACGCGAGGGAGCGUUCGCGUCGGACCCCAGUUCAUCGGACGCUGCUACACUGAGACCCUCGACAGGCUCCCAUGCAUGGCGUAACUCUAGUAUUACCAUCACACCGAGCAUCAGGACAGCUAGCACCGCUCUCACAGCCACGCCCAGCAUGGCUUCCACCGUCACACCUUUCGAUCCUCCAAAUGCCGAAAAUCCAAACCCGACUUCCCGUCCGCGCGCCCUCUACCUCCCGCACACUCAUCUCACCCUGCAGGCUCUCGCACAUUAUCUUUACACUUCCGCCCUUCCUCCGCCAAACUCGACCUUGUGCACUCCGCAAAUUUUAUGCUCGCUGCUCCAGCUUGCUCGCCCCUAUCGCAUCGACGGUCUCUUGGAAGCCGUCAUCGAGCGCCUCCACCUGCGUCUUGACGGGCGGAAUACAGCCGCAAUCUUCAACGCCGCCGCAAUGGCAGCCGGCGGAGGUGAUUCAAUCACCUUCUUCAACGGCACGACGGCGGGCCUUCCAUCCGCCGAGACGCUCGCAAAGUUGCAAUCAGAACGAUCGGACGGCCUCGGCGGGGACCUGCGCCCGUCGGCGUCCUCGAACAGUCUGGCAUCCAGCUUCACGUCCACGCAGCGCACCGGGAGCGUCGCCCAGGGCGCGGACAGCGGCGUCGACGACCACCUCAAGCAGCUCCGGCUCAACACGGACGUCUCGUCGUCGGCCUCGCUGGCCGACGACGAGCAGAGCGUGCGCAGCGCCUCGACCGAGACGAGCCAGUCCGACAUGGGCAGCGUCACCGGCGGGCCGGGCGAGAGCGAGGUCUGGGCCGGCGAGAUCAGCGCCGUCGUGGGGCUGCAGAAGAGGGGCUUGCGCGGCCUCAUGGAGGGCCGCAGGAUCAGGGAGAUGGGGAGGGUCAGCGGCAGGGAGGGCACGAGCAUCGGCACCGGUUUGCCCAGCGCCACGGAGGAUACCUUGUCGUCGGGCAGGGUCGGAUUGGGCAUCGCGCCCGAGAGGGGUUUGGUCGGAUGA